UGGAUGCCGAGGAUCUGUCUGACGGUUCCCAGGCCACGCUGAUGCUGCUCUGCCACAAGAGAGAUGGGGAAAAGGUACUUCUGUGACUACUGUGACCGAUCCUUCCAGGACAACCUUCACAACAGGAAGAAACACCUCAAUGGAGUGCAGCACCUCAGGGCUAAGAGAGUCUGGUACGACUUAUUCCGAGAUGCUGCCACUAUCCUGCAAGAGGAGCAAACCAAGAAACCUUGUCGGAAGUUUCUGCAAACGGGACAGUGCGAUUUUGGGUCCAACUGCAGAUUUUCCCACAUGACGGAGCAGGACCUGGAGAAGCUGAGCGCCCAGGUUCAAGGUGAGUCUUGCGGGGAGGGACGC